CAUUUCGGCGGAGUCUCAUUUUCGAGAAAAGCUACAAGCAUGACUGUGAAGCGUCGCAACCACGGUAGAAACAAGAAGGGUCGUGGCCACGUCAAGCGCGUCCACUGCGUCUCGACGGCCAAGCUCAUCCCCAAGGACAAGGCCAUCAAGCGCUUCGUCGUCCGCAACAUGGUCGAUGCCUCGGCCAUGCGUGACUUGAAGGAAGCCUCGGUCUACGAGUCGUACGCUCUCCCCAAGAUCUACAUCAAGAACUACUACUCGAUCGAAGCCGCGAUCCACCAGCGCAUCGUCCGCGUCCGCUCGGUCGAUGGCCGCAAGAACCGUGAGCCGCCGGCCCGUUUCCGCCCUAAGCGCGUCUAAAUCUAGCAAGGUUUGGCGUAUUGGCUUGCUGCUGUCUUGCGCAACAUCACGUGUGGUACGCUCCCAUCUUGCUACGAGGUCCUAUGUAGCUCGGGCACCUCGCUCGGCUUAAUAUAACAAUCGAAGGCUUUUCUCCUGAUCACGA